GGUGUCUGCAUAGGCUACGGUUGUGUUCAUAUAAUCGGACGAGAGGGUUGUACAUUUCAUAGUAUUAUUUUCUGCUAUAGUUCACCUUUUACCAUUUUCACACUAUUGAAGAAGAGCCAUCAUGGAGAAAGUGAUUUUAGUGACUGGUGCGAAUAGGUACGUACAUUAUUCCUAAAUAGGUUGACCGUCAUUGUCAGUUAAUGAAUGUUACGACCCCUACGAUAAAUUCAUUAUUAGAGCGAUACAAUGUUGCAUAUCACUGCAUGUCAGCGAUUUAAUAUGCGUUGAAAAAAGUCAAUAUGGGUCAGACAUUUUUCUAAAGAACGUGUGUCCACUUGCUAUAUUGUAAUAUAUUACGUUGUAAUGACAGAGAGUUGCUGUGUUUGGCAACUGGUAAGUUCCAUUCACUUGACUUGCUUCACAUGUAGUGAAGCUAUAGCAAUGCAUGCACGUUUACACAGUAAAUCACAAGCCCUCUUAUAUAGCUUGUCGUCAUUCAGUCUAAUCCUUAAGCCGACUGUGAUACACUGAUUGUCCACUGACUGUGUAAUAACAGUUGACCUAUAGAAUUGAAAUAAGCAUUUAUGUAGCAGUAUGGAGUGUCUGUGUGUAUGCAUGUGUGCAUCAUGUACAUAAGUGUGUGUGUGUGUGUGUGUGUGUGUGUGUGUGUGUGUGUGUGUGUACAUAAGUGUGUGUGUCCGCUGGAGAGUAGAAGCCCAUAUGCUUCUCCUUUAUGUCCUCUCCUAUGUCCUCUCCAUCUCCACAGUGGUAUCGGCCUGGCCCUGUGUGAGCGCCUGCUCUGUGAGGACGCUGGGCUGCAGCUGUGUCUGGCCUGCAGGAACAUGCAGAGGGCCGAGGCUGCCCGCUCCGCCUUACUGACCUCUCACCCCGAUGCCCACAUAGACCUGCUGCACCUGGACGUGGGCUCUGUCCGCUCGGUGCUCUGCGCCGCCCACGAGGUCAAGGCUAGGUAUAGACCAUCAGACCAUUGACCUGUUAACCCGUCACAGACACAACACACACACACACACACACACCUGGACGUGGGCUCUGUCCGCUCGGUGCUCAGCGCUGCCACACAGUGGUAGUAAUAGUUAUUACCCCCUCACACACAUACUCAUAGACACACACACACACACACACACACACACACACACACACACACAACCUUACGUCUCGAUCACACCGACAGCGUCAUUGCGCCAAAUGGUACGCAGCAUCAUCUGGAUAUGUGUACAACAAAAGUUCAACAUUCACCUUCUGUUACCAUUUCUGUCAAGCCGUCUACGCAUACAGUUUGAUGCAUACAUUAGAUAAAUCUUAACGUAUGCACCACACAGAAUGCACUGCAACUGCCUCUGCAACACAAUGCUGCAAGGCAAACGCAUCGUUCCAUUGGAAAUGAAUGUACUUCUGGUGACCCAAAUGCAAUGACGCAGUCGGUGUGAUUGAAGCGUUAUACACACUCUACAUCCUGUUUGAUGUGACAUCAAUAAAUACUUUUACUAAUACUAAUUCCACAGGUACAACAGACUGGACUACCUAUACCUUAAUGCCGGGAUCAUGCCCAAUCCACAGAUUGACGUUAAAGCUUUUUUCAAGGGCCUAUUUUCUAGGUAAGGUUCAAGGUAACCUUCAAGUCAUCUCUCAACUCAUCGCCAGCAUGGGUCAGUAAUAUGAGCUCUGUUCCAAUAUCAAAAUGUGUGUACCACCUAGUAUGAAGUGAUGUAUUGGACAAGUAUAUUAAGCAGUGGUGUAAAGUACUUAAGUAAAAAUACUUUAAAGUACUAUUUAAGUCGUUUUUGGGGGUAUCUGUACUUUACUUUACUAUUUAUAUUUUUGACAACUUUUACUUCACUACAUUCCUAAAGAUAAUAAUGUACUUUUUACUCCAUACAUUUUACCUGACACCCAAAAGUAUUCGUUACAUUUUGAAUGCUUAGCAGGACAGGAAAAUGGUCAAAUUCACGCACUUAUCAAGACAACACAUGGUCAUCCCUUCUGCCUCUGAUCUGGCGGACUCACCAAACACAAAUGCAUCUUUUGUAAAUUAUGUCUGAGUGUUGGAGUGUGCCCCUGGCUAUCCGUAAAUUUUAAAAACAAGAAAAUGGUGCCGUCUGCUUUGCUUAAUAAAAGGAAUUUGAAAUGAUUUAUACUUUUACUUUUGAAACUUAAGUAUAUUUAGAACCAAAUACUUUUAGACUUUUACUCAAGUAGUAUUUUACUUGAGUAGCAUUCUAUUAAGGUAUCUAUACUUUUACUCAAGUAUGACAAUUGGGUACUUUUUCCACCACUGGCUCUGAUGUGAUGUCAUCUUUGUGCUGCAGCAACGCCGUCAACAUGUUUGCCACAGCAGAGGGCCUCCUGACCCAGCAGGACCGUGUCAACAAAGACGGUCUACAGGAAGUGUUCGCCACAAACCUCUUCGGUCACUUCAUGCUGGUGAGUCACGUCUUAUCUGAUCUUAUCUUAUGGUAACAUUUCUCAACAGAGAGAGGUUUGUCUCAAAUGGAAACAGAGCCUGGAAAUUAAAACAUAAGGACCAGGAGUUUUUCCUUGCCCAGGUAACCUGACCAGGGCCCCAGUUACAACUAGGGUAUAGGGCCUGGAAUUUUCCCUUACCUCCAGUUACAACUAGGAUAUAGGGCCUGGAGUUUUCCCUUACCUCCAGGUACAACUAGGGUAUAGGUCCUGGAGUUUUCCCUGGUUAGGUCAUGUUUCAUGGUCACAUGGUGAAGAAAGCAAAAAGCACAAAGAUAUCGGAAACUCUAAGAAACCCAGCUGCUGUUCACAGCCAAAGGUAAAUUGAUACCCAGCUCAAUGUAACGGCUAGAGAUUCACAACAUUAACCAUUAAACAUCUUUGUUUCCAUCUUGUCCAUUUUGUUUCCACGCCGCACCGUCCAUGCACCUUACUGUCUAGUCCCUUGGACUGGGUCUCAGUGAGAGGUACGGCAGAUGACAGGCAAGGGCUGGAAUUGAAUCUAACCAGGCAUUCAGUAGCAACGUUUACCAUCAUGUGCCGUUCUCGUUUUUUAUAGUUCAUGAGGUCAUUCUGAUUUACGUAGUUUCACUCAUCAUAUUUCUUGAUUCCCAAGUGACAACUUUAUUUUAUUAUUAUUUAUUAUUAUUCUUACUUAUCUUAUUUUAUUUAUUCAUACCCACAAUAGACAAAGACAAAAGGACAACAAAGAAAAAGUCAAGUCAAAAUAAAACCUCUAUAUGAGAAAAUAAUCUCACCUGUCUCUUUGGUCCAGGUUAUCUGUCCCUCCGUAACAUGAUGUCAUAUUAUCUGUCCCUGUGGUCCAGGUCAGGGAGUUAGAGCCAGUCCUGUGCCAAGCAGGUCAGACCUCCCGGUUAGUGUGGACUUCAUCCAGCAAUGCCAGACGCUCGGCCUUCAGUCUAGACGAUGUCCAGCAUAGAAGGGGGACCGAGCCCUACGCCUCCUCCAAGUAUGCCUCUGACCUCCUCAGCCUGGCCCUCAACAGACACAACAACAGCCAGGUGAGCCAAAAUGAUCACUCAGUUGCACAUAGCAGUGCUUGCCUAAUGGUAGGUCGGGAGCCACUGGUGGGUUAUGGCAAGAUCCAUUUUAGUUCCUGAUUUUUAACCUGGCCCUCAACAAACAGCCAGGUGAGCCACAUGCUUAUUCAGUUGCACAUGGCAGUGUUCCCUUAUUGGUAAAUCAGGAGAAACUGGCGGACUGUGGCUGAUCCAUUUUGGGUCCUGGCAAGAGAUGUGUAUUGGGUGAGGUACACAUUCACUCAGUUGUACAUAGCAGUGCUUGCCUAAUGGUAGGUCAGGAGCCACUGGUGGGUUGUGGCGGAUCCAUUCUAGGUCCUGACUUGGUGAGAGAGUGGAUUGUCUAUGCUAAAUCCUCAAUGCUGUCCUCUGUCAUUGUUCAUAAUGUCAAGCUUCAUGACACUUAUACAGUAUUUAGUAAAACUCUACCUCAUAUAUUCAGGUCAUGUAUCUGAUAACCAAUAAGGGUACAUGUUUUACAUGAUUGACAGGGGCUGUACUCGUCAGUGAUUUGUCCAGGGCUGGUGAUGACCAAUCUGACCUAUGGAAUCCUCCCCUCCUUCUUCUGGACCCUCAUCAUGCCUAUCAUGUAUCUCGUAAGUUGGUUUUACUCUUUAGUCUUCUUUUACUCUUUUACUGUAUUGACAUUAUUUGUAAGUACCUUACUGUAACGGUAGUAUUGUAUUGACAUUAUUUGUUGUGGUCUUGUGAUUUUCCCAGAAAAGCAGAUUUGCAUAGACUUGUAUUGUUACUCAACAUGUUUGUCUUCAUGAACAGAUAAGAAUCUUCACCAACACUUUCACACUGACACCAUACAAUGGAGCAGGAGCCUUGGUACGUGUCGCAGAAACUAGUCUAAACAGUUCAGAUAUGUAUUAUUUACAUAUUGACAGUUUGUGAUAUAUCUUUGUGGGUUGGUUUCCCAUACACAGCAUAGCCCUCGACUUAAAAGCAUGCACAGUGGAGAAUCUCCAUUGAAAUGGCUUUUUAGUCCAGGACCAGGCUUAAUCUGUGUCCGGGAAACCAUAAUGACAAAGCAAAAACAGUUUUUUACUUUGUUGAAGCACCUUUUGCAGCGAUUACAGCCUCAGAUCUUCUUGGGUAUGACGCUACAAGCUUGGCACACCUGUAUUUGGGGAGUUCCUCCCAUUCUUCUCUGCAGAUCCUCUCAAGCUCUGUCAGGUUGGAUGGGGAGCGUCGCUGCACAGCUAUUUUUAGGUCUCUCCGGAGAUGUUCGAUCGGGUUCAAGUCCAGGCUCUGGCUGGGCCGCUCAAGGACAUUCAGAGACUUGUCCCGAAGCCACUCCUGUGUUGUCUUGUUGUCUUGGCUGUGUGCUUAGGGUCGUUGUCCUGUUGGAAGGUGAAGCUUUGCCCCAGCCUGAGGUCCUGAGCGCUCUGGAGCAGGUUUUCAUCAAGGAUCUCUCUGUACUUUGCUCUGUUCAUCUUUGCCUCGAUCCUAACUAGUCUCCCAGUCCCUGCAAUUCAGGCUAAAGAGUUCAAUCUUGGUUUCAUCAGACCAGAGAAUCUUGUUUCUCAUGGUUUGAGAGUCUUUAGGUGCCUUUUGGCAAACUCCAAGCGGGCUGUCAUGUGCCUUUUACUGAGGAGUGGCUUCCAUCUGGCCACUCUACCAUAAAGGCCUGAUUGGUGGAGUGCUGCAGAGAUUGUUGUCCUUCUGGAAGGUUCUCCAAUCUCCACAGAGGAACUCUGGAGCUCUGUCAGAGUGACCAUCGGGUUCUUGGUCACCUCCCUGACCAAGGCCCUUCUCCCCCGAUUGCUCAGUUUGGCCGGGCGGCCAGCUCUAGGAAGAGUCUUGGUGGUUCCAAACUUCUUCCAUUUAAGAAUGAUGGAGGCCACUGUGUUCUUGGGGACCUUCAAUGCUGCAGAAUUAUUUUGGUGCCCAUCCCCAGAUCUGUGCCUCGACACAAUCCUGUCUCGGAGCUCUACAGACAAUUCUUUCGACCUCAUCACUUGGUUUUUGCUCUGACAUGCACUGUCAAUUGUGGGACCCAAAAUAGACAGGUGUGUUCCUUUUCAAAUCAUGGACUCCAAUCAAGUUGUAGAAACAUCUCAAGGAUGAUCAAUGGAAACAGGAUGCACCUGAGCUCAAUUUCGAGUCUCAUAGCAAAGGGUCUAAAUACUACCGUUCAAAAGUUUGGGGUCACUUAGAAAUGUCCUUGUUUUCGAAAGAAAAUCCAAUUUUUUGUCCAUUAAAAUAACAUCAAAUUGAUCAGAAAUACAGUGUAGACAUUGUUAAUGUUGUAAAUGGCUAUUGUAGCUGGAAACGGCUGAUUUUUUAUGGAAUAUCGACAUAGGCGUACAGAGGCCCAUUAUCAGCAACCAUCAGUCCUGUGUUCCAAUGGCACGUUGUGUUUGCUAAUCCAAGUUUAUCAUUUUAAAAGGCUAAUUGAUCAUUAGAAAACCCUUUUGCAAUUAUGUUAGCACAGCUGAAAACGGUUGUGCUGAUUAAAGAAGCAAUAAAAAUGGCCUUCUUGAGACUAGUUGAGUAUCUGGAGCAUCAGCAAUUGUGGGUUCGAUUACAGGCUCAAAAUGGCCAGAAACAAAGAACUUUCUUCUGCAACUCAUCAGUCUAUUCUUGGCUAUUCCAUGCGAGAAAUUGCCAAGAAACUGAAGAUCUCGUACAACGCUGUGUACUACUCCCUUCACAGAACAGCACAAACUGGCCCUAACCAGAAUAGAAAGAUGUGCAAACAUUUAUAAAAACCUGUUUUCGCUUUGUCAUUAUGGGGUAUUGUGUGUAGCUUGAUGAGGAAAAACGUUUGAUUAAUCGAUUUUAGAAUAUGGCUGUAACUUAACAAAAUGUGGAAAAAGUGAAGCGGUCAGAAUACUUUCCGAAUGCACUGUACAAAUAAACAGGGCUGAAAAGUGACUGAUAGCAGGAAUAUAUAAAUAGAAGCUGUUUAGGAUUAUUUUGGUCUGAGCCUUGAUGCACCAGUACAAAUGGCACUGGAUAUUCAGACGGCACUGGGUAUUCAGACGGCACUGGGUAUUCAGACAGCACUGGCUAUUCAGACGGCAAUGGGUAUUCAGACGGCACUGGAUAUUCAGAUGGCACUGGGUAUUCAGACGGCACUGAGUAUUCAGACGGCACUGGGUAUUCAGACAGCACUGGGUAUUCAGACGCCACUGGGUAUUCAGACGGCACUGGGUAUUCAGACAGCACUGGGUAUUCAGACGCCACUGGGUAUUCAGACGCCACUGGGUAUUCAGACGCCACAGGGUAUUCAGACGGCACUGGGUAUUCAUGGGAUUACCAGAAAAACGCAUGUAACAAUUUUUAUAAAUUGAUUUGCAUUUUAAUGAGGGAAAUAAGUAUUUGACCACCUCUCAAUCAGAAAGAUUUCUGGCUCCCAGGUGUCUUUUAUACAGGUAACGAGCUGAGAUUAGGAGCACGCUCUUAAAGGGAGUGCUCCUAAUCUCAGUUUGUUACCUGUAUAAAAGACACCUGUCCACAGAAGCAAUCAAUCAAUCAGAUUCCAAACUCUCCACCAUGGCCAAGACCAAAGAUCUCUCCAAGGAUGUCAGGGACAAGAUUAUAGACCUACACAAGGCUGGAAUGGGCUACAAGACCAUCGCCAAGCAGCUUGGUGAGAAUGUGACAACAGUUGGUGCGAUUAUUCGCAAAUGGAAGAAACACAAAGAACUGUCAAUCUCCCUCGGCCUGGGGCUCCAUGCAAGAUCUCACCUCGGGGAGUUGCAAUGAUCAUGAGAAAGGUGAGGAAUCAGCCCAGAACUACACGGGAGGAUCUUGUCAAUGAUCUCAAGGCAGCUGGGACCAUAGUCACCAAGAAAACAAUUGGUAACACACUACGCCGUGAAGGACUGAAAUCCUGCAGCGCCUGCAAGUUCCCCCUGCUCAAGAAAGCACAUAUACAGGCCUGUCUGAAGUUUGCCAAUGAACAUCUGAAUGAUUCAGAGGAGAACUGGGUGAAAGUGUUGUGGUCAGAUGAGACCAAAAUCGAGCUAUUUGGCAUCAACUCAACUCGCCGUGUUUGGAGGAGGAGGAAUGCUGCCUAUGAUCCCAAGAACACCAUCCCCACCGUCAAACAUGGAGGUGGAAACAUUAUGCUUUGGGAGUGUUUUUCUGCUAAGGGGACAGGACAACUUCACCGCAUCAAAGGGACGAUGGACGGGGCCAUGUACCGUCAAAUCUUGGGUGAGAACCUCCUUCCCUCAGCCAGGGCAUUGAAAAUGGGUCGUGGAUGGGUAUUCCAGCAUGACAAUGACCCAAAACACACGGUCAAGGCAACAAAGGAGUGGCUCAAGAAGAGGCACAUUAAGGUCCUGGAGUGGCCUAGCCAGUCUCCAGACCUUAAUCCCAUAGAACAUCUGUGGAGGGAGCUGAAGGUUCGAGUUGCCAAACGUCAGCCUCGAAACCUUAAUGACUUGGAGAAGAUCUGCAAAGAGGAUUGGGACAAAAUCUCUCCUGAGAUGUGCGCAAACCUGGUGGCCAACUACAAGAAACGUCUGACCUCUGUGAUUGCCAACAAGGGUUUUGCCACCAAGUACUAAGUCAUGUUUUGCAGAGGGGUCAAAUACUUAUUUCCCUCAUUAAAAUGCAAAUCAAUUUAUAACAUUUUUGACAUGCGUUUUUCUGGAUUUUUUUGUUGUUAUUCUGUCUCUCACUGUUAAAAUAAACCUACCAUUAAAAUUAUAGACUGAUUAUUUAUUUGUCAGUGGGCAAACGUACUAAAUCAGCAGGGGAUCAAAUACUUUUUUCCCUCACUGUAUGUCACUCUCAACAGCUUAACAUUUUUUUAUACUAAUUCCUUUGAGUGAUUUUUCAUAAUCGGAAAUGUCAUCCCGUCUUUUACAGCACUCGCUGUUUCUGCAAAAACCGGAGUCCCUGGAUCCGAGAGCAAAGUACCACAGUUUGACGUCAGGCAUGGGGAGCAACUACACGCAGCCUCGACAAGUGAGUGUGUCUCGUAGAAAGUUUUGGAACGCUAGGCCUAAGAUAAAACAUCUGUGAAGGUGUGAACAGGUUCUAUAUUACUGUUUCAGCCUGAUAGGGCCGAUGUCCUAGCUUUAGGUUCACACACGCACUGUACACACACGUACACAUGGAUUUUGUGUUAUAGAUACGUGGUAGUAGAGUAGGGGCCUGAGGGCACACACUUAAUACGUUGUGAAAUCUGUUGUGAAUGUAUUGUAAUGUUUUUAAAAUUGUAUAACUGCCUUAAUUUGGCUGGACCCCAGGAAGAGUGCAGCAGCUAAUGGGGAUCCAUAAUAAAUACAAAUACAUUUUUGAAACAAAUUAUAUUUGAAAGAAAAAAGCUUAUCUAGACGUUUUUAUGUUAUGUUAUAGUGUUAGGUUUAGGUUUAAAAGGGGACGUUAUCUAGGUUGUUCUUCCAUGGCUUUGCUGUUUUGUGUUUUUCAGAUGGACAUGGACGACGACAUGUCAGAGGCCCUGUAUGUGAAACUGCUGGAGAUUGAAAAGGCUAUGCGUAAGAGAUUGAAAGAAGAGGAUGACGAUAAACAAGCCUACAAAAAGUACCUCCACCAGACAGAGUAGUGGCUAUUCACCUUGACUGACUAGUUUAAUCACUCAACUUUUAUUCUAUAACAUAGAAUCUAUACGGAUGAAACGGUUUUACUCAUGUGUCAAUGGAAGGAAAUGGUAUGUUCUGUAUAAAUUGACGACGGCCAUGAGGCACUACACUCUCAUUGUCUUACGUCAGAGGGCGUCACUCCUACGCAACGCUUGUCCCCUCAACCGAUCAGUGCAGGUGGAAUCGUCGCGCUAUCUGACGUAAGACAAUGGGGGAAUCCUCUGAAAAAAAGGUUCCAGAUAGAACCAUUUAAGAUCAGAUAGAACUCUUUCUGGUUCCAAAUAGCACCUAUACAGAAAUGCUAUUAAAAUUGAAUUUAAUAGGGGACAUUUGUUAUUGUCACAGACUAGGCUGUAAAUUCCUGCUGCUAACUCUAUGACCUAAAUGUGAUGGCUCUAGACUGUGGUGGCCUUUGUGAAUCGUAAAGCACACAUGGUAAUAACUUGACCAAAAUGAGAAAAAUGAUAUCAAAGCAUUCCUUUUCUGUGAGUGUUAGGUUCACAGUGCUGCCUUAUGGCAAGAUGAAUAACUACUUGUGAGCUGUUGAACUUUUAUUAAAAUGUACGUUUAAAAUGAACGAUUUUUGCGCAUCUCUGCAUUACUCCUUUAAUUUGUUUGAAC